AUGGAUUGGGAUUCAGAGGCAACAGAGAUUGAGGAGGAAAGUUUACAUCUUCACUUUUCAUCAGGAGGCGAAUGUUCUGAAUCUAUCUUAUCUACGUCAACCCCACAAACAAAGAAACAUCAGGAGCAGCCUGUUUCAUCUUCGAGGAAAACUGCAACAGGAACAUUUGUUCACAGAGUACGGCCAUUGUCUUCCUCAGAUUCAGAUGAUAUAGAACAAAGAAAUCAAAGUCAAAAGAAAAAAAGGACAUUAAACAUACAGUUUUCAGGUGUGAGGAGGUCUCCAAGAAAAGCUGUUAAAAAUAGUGAUCCUCAAACCCAGCAGCCUUCUCAGUCAGAGUCUGGAAAUGACAAAGACUCGCAGCAUGAUCACCAAGCACAAAAGAAAAACAGAAGUAUGGUGCCCACUACAGUGGUUAGGAGAUCUCCUAGAAAGCAAUCGCAGGGCAUUAGUUCUUCAUGGAUGAGACAACUCUCCCCAUCAGAAUCAGAUAAUUCAGAUGACCUCCCUACUUUCCAAACUCAAAAGAGAAAAAGAUCUACAGGACAAAAUAAUCCACAAAGAAAGGCCCAGCAAGUUCAGUCUGUUGCUUCUCAGGAAACAGUGAUGACACCAUGUAAUGCAAACCAAAGUCAGCCAGCCAGCGUAUCAUCAGGAAGAACACCAUCAAACAGCAGUGGUCUGAAAACGCAAAUUUCACAGAUACUUGCAAACCAAAAUGAAAUUCUUCAACAAUUGGCCAUUGUAAAGAAAGAUGUCCGAGAAGUUAAAGCAGAGAUUGAAAAGAAAAAGCAAGAAAUCAGUGAACCUGUACAGGUUCCAGCAAGGAUUAGGAGUGCAGUGAAGGACUCGUAUUUAAAUGGCCAACAGACAAAUUUGAAAUGGAACUGCAAUAAAAGAUUCAUGGAUGAAGAAAACUCUGAAAUGACAGAUUUUAUUAGGAAAAGUGUGCAAGGAAUCACUCCAGAUGAAAGCAUUGAUGUUAUAAAUGCUGCAAUUAAAAGAUAUUUUACGUCACAAAAGGAGGCAGAUAACAGACAGAAAAAGAACAAAACAGAUUUACAUAAAAAGAGACAGGCAACUUAUGAGAGAAAGAAAGAGAAAUUAAAGAGAAGACUAGUAGCCCUUGAAAAGAAGACAGGGUGGUCUCAGGAGAAAAAGGUCAAGGUCAAGUCUUUCCUUCAGUUGCCGAAUGCCUACAAAUACAUGAGUAGUGAUGAGGAGGGAGAUGAUGGUUUUGUGUCGCAUUCAUAUUCCUGGGAAAGUGAAGAACUUCAAAAAAUUAAAGAUAGCUUAGACAAAAAAUAUUUAGAUACUUGUCCUCCACGCAGCAAAAGACUUCUGUCAAAGAGGAGCAGGGGGUCAAUAAGACAACAAGAUCCCCCAAAACUAGCCAGUGGACAUGAUUGGGUUCUGAACAUUGACUCUUAAAUUUAUUUUUUUUUUCCUGUUUGUAAAUAUUGAAUAACUGUUUACUUAACUUGUUUUACAU